AUGUCAAAACAAAAACACGUUUACUACUUAUUACAUUUCAGCGUAUGGUUUUUGUGUAAAUUAUCGAUAAUUCAUGAAAAGUAGAAAUGGCUAAGCUGCACAGUUAUUAUGUGUUAUGUCCGCUGAUUGACCAAAAAAGUUUUCUUGGCGUCUCUAGUGAUAAAGACGCUGAAAACGUUAUUGUAACUUUGGGUCGUAACGUCGUGAAUAAACACAGGCUAUCAGAUCAGAAGCAGAUAGGCGGAUGGACCUCAAAAGAUCACAUAACCUCUGCAGUCAUAUUUGACCAUGAGCUGGACAGUUAUGUUGGAGUUUUCAACAAUAAUACCAUCAAAACUUGGGCUAACGAUACUGAAAAUUUGGAAAAAGUCAAGAAGUAUAAGUUUUCUGUGAACAUUUUGAAGCUGCUAACAAGAAAAGAUCAACCAUCCCUGGUGGUGUUCACUAAUGGGAACUGUACAUCACUUUCAUAUGGUCUUGAAAACAGAAAAACAUUUGAAGGGAAGGCCAUUAUAAAAAAUCUUGAAAAUAUUGUUGAAGCUGCAUAUUAUUCGGUAGACAAUACUGAUCACAUUUGUUUUAUAACCCAUAAUAACAAAGACAAGUAUGAGAUAGUGUUUUGCCCUCUGAGAAAUGAGCUGGGAGAUCUUGAGAAAGCUAAACUGAGCAGAGUUAAAGUGGAGAGGCCAGAACAUGAUGUGUAUGUUGUUGGAAAGCUCAUCAGUGCAGAUGACCACCCUGUCGUCUACAUAUUGUGGAGCGACUCAAAAAUGAUGGUUUAUCACCUGGUAAAGAACACAUGGAAGACAAUAGGGAAUGUUCCAUGGAUAUCCACCUUGACCAGCCUGUCUCUUGCCUGGAUGGGAGACAAGCACCUCAUACUGUUUGGAUCCAACACCAACCAAGAGGGAGGCAUCAUUGUUGCAUACAACACAGCUCUCGGAGUAGGUUCCUGUAGAUACCCGAUGAAGAUGUAUUCAGAAGGUGCCAAGCUCUACUGCUUCAAUGGCAGAAUCAUCUUGGAGUCAUCCAACCACAUUGGCAUGCUCCCCUAUGUAGUGGAGACCAGCAGAAGUCUGUCCAGCCUCCUCGGCUCUCAUGAGGUGAUACUAGAUGACCGCAUCCAGAUAGCUGACUGGGGAAAGGAGAAGAAACAAUCAUACAAUUUCACUGAUGAUGUCAAGAGUCUGGUUGAGCUUGGCUUAACUGAACGCGCCAUUUGCUCUCAGGUCAUACCAAAUCUAAUAGAUAGUAAGAAUAACAAGAAAAUAAGCAAAAUCAUUUCUCAAAUCAAAGACAUACCAGAGUCCAUUCUGGUAUCACUGCUGUCCUACAUUAUUAAAUCAGCUAAGGCUGGCGAAGUAGAUGUGACUGAUAAAACUGGUUUUCAUGUAUUUUGUACUAAAGCUGAAACACAGCUUUCUCUACUAAAUAAUCUGUUUGAGAUACCAUUCAGUGAUGCCCUGUUGAUACCUCACCUCCGAAAUGGACUCACUUUGAAUGAUGCCAUGUUCCUUAUGACAUACAUUUCUUACUUGCUGGUUGAUUCUGAAAAGACAUUUGGACCAGAAUAUGAGAAUAAGCUCAUUGAUUGGUGUACCCUGAUAAUGGAUGCUUUCUACCAACAGUAUCUGAUGACUAAAGAUGAGAAACUAACUCAUGUGUUAGAGAAUAUGAGGAGUAUUGUUGUGGACCUGCUGGAUCAAAUAGCAGUGAUAGACAACACCUUGCCCAUGUUGAACAAACUGUUGACUGGCAAAAAUAUUGAGGAAGUUGAAGAAACUUUACCUUAUGCUAUAGAAUUGAUGCAAAUAUAGCAACUUUAUGAAA